GGCCCGGCCGAAGCGCGAGCGGCCGCAGGAGGAGGAGAGGGAGGAUGGAGACCCUGGCGGCCGGAGGCGGCCUCGUGCUGCUACGAGAUUCCUUGGAGUGGGAGGGACGCAGCCUGCUGAAGGCGCUGAUCCAGGAGGCUUCCCACAAGGGGGAGCAGGUUCAAGUCUUGGGCUGCGAAGUGAGCGAGGAGGAAUUCCGGGAUGGAUUUGACCCCGAGACUAACAGCCGGCUGGUGUACCAUGACGUCUUCAGGGACCCCUGGGCCUGGACGGGGCCCGGUCGCCCUUUGGAGGCCCUGGCACUGCUGCGCCCGACAGGGUCGGUGCCCCUCACCCUGGCCGUGGACUCGCUCAGCUGGUUGCUGCUCCGCGCCCCCUGCCCUGCCCUCUGCCAGGCCCUGAGAACCCUGACCCUCGGGGACCCCAGCACCGGUUCGCGACGCCCCCGGGUCUUGGGGCUGCUUCACCAGGAGCUGCAUGCGGACGGGCCUCUGGGCUCCCUGGCCCACCUCGCCGUGGCCGAGGUGACGCUAGGGGGGACUGGCCCCCGGGCCACAGCCCAGAUACGGCACCGCCGGCCUGGGGGCCGGGUGACCGAGCAGACGCACUUGCUCUCCGUGCUCCCGGAUCUCAGCCUACGGACGCAGGACCUGCCUUCCCAGGGACCCCCGGCCGCCCCCCCGCCCCCCGCCUUCCACGGUAGGUGGGGCCCAGGGGCUGGUGGGGCGGUGGACCCCACGGCGGACUUGACCUUUAACCUUCACCUGUCCGAGGAGGAGAAAGAGGCCCGGGCAGCCCUUACCCUACCCUACCAGUUCAGCUCUGAGAAGCAGCGCUCCCUGCUCCGUCCCUCCCCCGCCCGCAUCUUCUACGAGUUGGACUCGGACGAUGACCUGGACCAAGAUGAUCCGGACGAUGACCUGGAUGUGUAAAGGGGCCGGAAGG